AAAAAAAGUUUUCUUUCUACUCCUUUGUUCUCUUUAUUUUUAAAAAACUGUCAAAAAACAUACACCAUGUCACUUCGGGCCAUCGUCUUAAAAAGUAGUAUGCCUUUUACCAAAAGGACUACCUUUGCUUUCCGCUCUUUACCACGCUUGCCUCUGACUCCUUCAGCACAACACUUUACAAGGUCUUUACGAGCUCACCGCUUUUAUACCUCUUCUUCAAAGGCAGGCAAGCAACAACAACAAACACUUAAAAUAAACUCUCUAGCAUCAUCUCCAAAAAUCAUUGAAGCAGCAAAAACAACAAACACUGAGCCCAAGACAUCAAAACUCAAAGAAUUAACUAAGAAGUAUGGUGUUGUAGGUGUUUUGGUCUACCUUGGUGUAGGUUGCGUGGAUUUAGGUAUUACCUUUGGCGUUAUUCAAUUGGCUGGCUUAGACAAAGUAAAGGCAUUAGAACAGGGUGCGUUGGAUAUGGUUUACAAUACAGGAGAAAAGUUUGGAUUGAAACGAAAGCCAGUUACUGCGCAAGUAAAUGAACCUUCUGAUUUAUCAGAAAUCAAUGGUGAUAUGGUGAAGGUUGAGGAUGAUACCCCCUCUCUUGCUUCUGUGUUCAUCUUGGCUUAUGGCAUUCACAAGACAUUGUUACUUCCCGUUCGAUUGACGAUUACAGCUGCAAUUACACCUGCUAUUGUGCGUAAAUUACAUCAGAUGGGAUGGGCUCGUUAUUUCCCUAGACUUUUGGGCGCUACCAGUACACCAAAGAAACUAUAAUUUCCUUUAGAAUAAUACCACACCACUAUUUGUCAUUUUCAUUGUCCUCUGUAAUUUUAUAAUAAAACACGUUAC